AUGUUCCAAAGACUCGCCCUCAGACAAGCCCAGGCUAUCCGCUCUGUGGCCUCCGUCCGCACGACAUCAUCGGCACCUUUGGCUCUUCGUCGCACGUCACAGCUUCCUCAGUCCUUCCGCCCGCUUGUUCGCCAGCCCAACUUCCGCAGCUACUCCACUGAGAACAAGCCUGAGCAGAAGGAGGCCGAUUCUAAGGAAGCCCCUGAGGACCCUGUCCAGAAGGAGCUCGAGGAGAAGAAGAAGGAAGUUACGGAGCUGAAGGACAAGUAUGUUCGCUCCGUGGCCGACUUCCUCAAUCUGCAGGAGCGUACCAAGCGUGACAUGGAGAACGCCCGCAACUACGCCAUCCAGAAGUUCUCGGCCGACCUUCUCGAGAGCAUUGACAACUUCGAUCGCGCUCUCCUUGCCGUGCCCAAGGACAAGAUCGAAAACCCCGCCCCCGAGAACAAGGACUUGAACGAGCUGGUCACCGGUCUGAAGAUGACCCAGAACAUUAUGAUGAACACGCUGAAGAAGCACGGUCUGGAGCGAUUCGACCCCGACGAGCCCACCGAGGACGGCAAGGCUCAGAAGUUCGACCCCAACCGUCACGAGGCCACCUUCAUGGCCAAGGCCGAGGGCAAGGAGAACGGCGACAUCAUGUACACCCAGAGCAAGGGUUUCAUCCUGAACGGCCGUGUCUUGAGAGCUGCCAAGGUUGGCGUUGUCAAGAAUGACUAA